AUAUCAACGAGUGCUUGUCCGACCAGCCGAAGGUGUGCGCGCAGAUAUGCAUCGACAAACCCAUCGGCUAUACUUGCGAGUGCAGGGAGGGCUACCAAGUGAACCCGAAGGACCCGAAGCUCUGCAGCGACGUGGACGAGUGCGAGGAUUACCCGUGUCCUCACAUUUGCCAUAAUACAGUGGGUUCGUACAAGUGCGCGUGUGCCGAUGGGUACCUUUCGGAGAACGACGGCCAUAAGUGUGGCGCGAACUCGACUGUCAAGGCGAGGCUGAUCUUCUCCAACCGCUACUACAUCCGUGAGAUCAACACCGACGGGAGCAACAACAAGCUGCUGGUGGCCAACCUCACCAAUGCGGUGGGGCUGGACUACGAUUUCGUCGAGAACUGCAUCUACUGGUCGGAUGUCACCCACAUCUCUUCGUCCAUCAAGAAAAUGUGCAAUGAGAGCCAGCCGGUGGUUCUCCACUCGGCAGUUCAGAGCCCGGACGGCAUAGCGCUGGACUGGGUGGGACGCAACCUGUACUGGUGCGACAAGAGCAAAGACACGAUCGAAGUCUCCAAGUUGGACGGGCAGUAUCGCAAGGCCCUGAUCACCUCUGGGCUCCAGGAUCCUAGGGCCAUUGUGCUGGAUCCUUACCAUGGAAACAUGUACUGGACAGACUGGGGGAACCAACCGCACAUCGGCAAGGCGGGAAUGGACGGCUCAGACCAGCGCAUCAUAGUCAACACGUCCUUGGGUUGGCCCAACGCCCUCACCAUCUCCUACGUCACCAAUGAGCUCUUCUGGGCGGACGCCUACCAGGACUACAUCGCCCACUCCGAUCUCGAGGGCAAUAACAUGAAAAUCAUCAGGAAUAAAGAUACAGAUCCAUUGCACGUCCAGCAUGUAUUUGCAAUCUCUGUGUUUGAAGACUAUCUCUACUGGACUGACUGGGAGUUAAAGAGUGUACUGAGAGCUCACAAGUACACAGGCAGAGAUGUGAAGAAGAUUUACACUGCAGUACACAGACCUAUGGAUAUUCAUGUGUAUCAUCCCUAUAGACAGUUACCAUUGGACAACAACCCAUGUGAAAACAACGGAGGCUGUGAUACGAUGUGUCUCCUUGCGCCAAACGGAGGAAAGACGUGUACCUGCCCUGAAAAUUUUGUGUUAGGGGAAGACGGCGUUUCUUGCAAAAGCAGCUGCCUGAGUUCCAUGUUUGUGUGCAGCUCCACCUACAAGUGCAUCCCCUUCUGGUGGAAGUGUGAUACUCAGGACGAUUGUGGUGAUGGUUCUGAUGAACCCCCAGACUGCCCGGCUUAUAGCUGCACUCCCGGACAAUUCCAGUGCCAGAAUGGAAACUGCAUUCAUCCGUCGCAGAUCUGUGACAAUCAGGAUCACUGCAAAGAUGGUUCAGAUGAGCCUAAUUGUGACAAUUAUUCUUGUGUUUUGUCACAGUUCAAGUGUCCAGCAGGUAAUAGUUCAAGUGCAUUCUGCAUUGCUGGAAAACGGCGCUGUGAUGGCACCAACGACUGUCCAGAUGGGCAUGAUGAAAAAGAUUGUCCAGCAUCAACUUGCUCAGCAGACUGGUUCUUGUGCAAUAAUACUCAGUGUAUACCAAAGGUUUGGGUGUGUGACGGAGACCAAGACUGUUUGGAUGGAUCGGAUGAGAAUGCCAACUGCAGCACCAGAGUAUGUCCUCAAGAGAAUUUCAGAUGUCGUAAUGGACGCUGCAUUCCUAAGUCCUGGAAGUGUGACGGGGAGUUUGAUUGUCCUGAUAAAGAGGAUGAAGGAGAGGCUUGCAACGGCACCGACACGUGUGAUGAGUCGCAGUUCAAGUGUGGAAACAACAAAUGCAUCUCUGCCCAGUGGAGAUGUGAUGGAGAGAAUGAUUGCUCGGAUGGUUCAGAUGAAACGGGUUGUACAGCGAGAGUGUGCAAUGAAACUGAAUUCCGCUGUGAUGAUGGCAGAUGUAUAGCAAUCACGAAUCUCUGUGAUGGAGAAACCAAUUGUGCCGAUGGCAGUGAUGAGAUCAACUGCAAUGUUACCUGCAACGAACACAUGUUCAAGUGUGAGACUCAUCCUCAAUGCAUAUUGAAGAAAUGGGUAUGCGACAAGGACCCAGAUUGCACAGAUGAGUCCGAUGAGCGGAAUUGCAACGUGACGUGUGGCAUUGGCUUCACGAGCUGUGCCAAUGGUGUUUGCGUUCCAACCCCUUGGGUGUGUGACGGUGAGAGCGACUGCUCGGAUGGCAGCGACGAAAGGAGGGAGUUGUGCGCCAACCACACCUGUCCUGUUGGGAGAUUCAGAUGUGCCAAUAAUUUCUGUAUCCUUGAGAAUCACAUAUGUGAUGGCGAAAACAACUGUGGAGAUGGUUCAGAUGAAUCUCCAAAUAUAUGUCAAAGCAAGAAAGUGUGUAAAUCAGAGGAGUUCCAGUGUAGGAAUGGACAUUGCAUUGGAAGGGCUACUGUGUGCGAUGGCUACGAUGACUGUGCAGACAACAGUGAUGAAGAUAACUGUGGUUGCAGAUUUGGUGAAUGUUCUCAAAUUUGUAAUAUAAAGAAGGAUAGGAAUCACACAUGCUCAUGUGCCCCUGGCUAUUCAUUGCACAGUUGGUCUCAGAAAAAUCAGAAAUCAUGUUUUGCUGAUGGAAAUUUAGCCUACAUGAUUUUAGCUAAUGAUAAUCAUUUGAGAAAACUGUCGCCUUACAAACAUGGAAACUCAGCAAGUAUAUUAACACUGACCGAGGAGGACUCAAAGACCAUGAAAGUCCACAGCAUUGAUGUCUUGUAUGGUGACCCUCCCAUCGCCUUUUGGACAAAUCUUCAUGAUAAUACGUUGGUGUCUAUGACUGUUCCAACUACUCAUGACCAGGAUAAUUCGCGGACAAGAAGAGAGGCAGCUAAGAUCACAGUUGUGUUACGUGAUCUGAAGAAACCUCGCAGUGUUGCAGUCGACUGGGUGACGCCAAUGGUAUAUGUUGUUGAUGCUGGAGAUAAGACAAUUUUAGCCACUACCGUAGAUGGAUCAAAGGUUGUAACCUUAAUAGCUACAAGCUUGGAGCAACCCUAUGACGUUGUUGUGGAUCCGCAGUCUGGGCAAUUGUUUUGGUCAGAUUCUGGAUUCAACCCGCGCAUUGAGGUCGCUGGUAUGGAUGGAAGAAAUAAGAGAGCACUAGUAGAUCGCAAUUUGCAGUGGCCAGUUGGACUUGCCAUCGACUAUCCAGCCCGUCGACUCUACUGGGCAGAUAUCAAGACCUGUAAUAUUGAAACGGUGAUGCUUGAUGGUUCAGAUCGGCAGCUAGUUAUGCAUUUAACUCAAAGUGAAGGAGUACCAGGCAACCUUGACAUCUUUGAAGACAUGAUCUAUCUCACCACCCAUGAUACAAAUGUUGUUCACCGGCUGAAUAAAUUUGGAUACCGCCCACAACAUACCUCUCGCAUUUCUCAGCAUGCGAUGGAAGUUUCUGAUAUUCUUAUUGUUCAGGAGCAAAAACAAGACAAAUCUUUGCCCAACCCAUGUGCUAACAACACAUGCCACCCAGAUGCCUUGUGCUUCAUUGCCGGCCCAAGAAACUAUUCUUGCAUUUGUCGCGAUGGAUUGAUGGAGAAAAUUGUUGAUGGUGUCCAACAGUGCCUUCCAAAGUCAGCCAAUCGUAAUGGGUGCAACCUCUUCUGCAAUAAAGGAAAGUGCGUAAUGACUCCAAACGGACCACAGUGCCAGUGCCCAGACAUGUAUUAUGGACCUACCUGCAACAUAUAUCGGUGCUCUGGCUACUGCAUGAACAACGGACACUGUGAGCGGAGUUCACCGACUGAGGGAGGUAAUGUGUCUCUCCGCUGUUCGUGUGGACCAAACUGGACGGGUGAACGGUGUGAAACUCCAGUCAAGACUUGCGUCAAUUAUUGUGAAAAUAACGGCACUUGCCACAUGAGCAAAGACAGUCCCAUCUGUAUCUGCAAUUUACAUUUUAAUGGUGAUAGAUGUGAGCAAUGCAGGGACAUACAGUGUGAGAAUGGAGCAAUAUGUCGGCUGAAAUGGGUUAAUGGAUCACCCGAGACAUUCUGUUCUUGCGCUGGAGGAUACCAUGGGAAAACCUGUGGUUACUCUGUUUGCGACAGAUACUGCAAAAAUGGAAACUGCAGUAUUUAUCUGGGUAUGCCAAAAUGUCAGUGUAAGGAAGGAUGGACAGGAAUAACCUGUGAUGUUUGCAAAGAUGGGAACUGUCAGAGAGAUUUGUGUGAAGACUUCCACUGUGCAAACGAUGGAAAGUGCAUCAUAGACCCUGGCCCUCCAAAAUCAGCCAGGUGCUCCUGCUCACCGGGAUAUCACGGAACCCACUGUGAAAUCAACUCAUGUCAUGGCCUUUGCGUGCAUGGUAUAUGUAAAAUCCGCCAAGGGGAACCAAUGUGCGAGUGUGAUGGUGGUUGGAGGGGCCGCUUCUGUGAUGAUAGCAUCUGCAAAGAUGACAACUGUGUUCAGAAAUGCGAUGGCACCCUUAAGUGUCAGAACAACGGCGUAUGCACUAUAGCAUCGGGCAGCGGCAAAUAUUUCUGUCGAUGCCUUCCUGGUUACCAUGGAAUGACCUGCGAGAAGUCAGCGUGCGACAACUACUGCCAAAGGGGUGUGUGCCAUCUAGAAGGAAAUGAUCCCAACUGCACUUGUCCGCCUGGCUACAGCGGUGACCAGUGCCAACAUGACGACUGUGAUCACUAUUGUCAUCGGGGCAGCUGCCACAUCACAUCAAAUGGUCCAGAGUGUGUGUGCGAAGAUGGGUACACUGGAGCUCAGUGCACAGAAAUCAGUUCGGAUACUGUGUCAUGCUUGCCAGAUUCUUGUUUAAACAAUGGAAAGUGUGUCGUGCUGAACAAUAAAGAGAUCUGUGACUGUCCUUUGGAAUUCAUGGGGUCAAAGUGUCAGAAACCUGUUGAAAGGGAUUCAAAUCCAUGUAAAAAAAUGGAUUGUCGACAUGGAGGUGUAUGUCAGAUACAAUACGGCGAGCCCCAUUGUGUGUGUCCAGAGGAAUGGGGUGGAAGCAACUGUGAAAUCAGGACUGUGUGUAAAGAUUGGUGCCUUAAUGACGGGGAAUGCAGUCUCAACCCAGACCCUAGCUUACAGCCAACUUGCAAAUGGGGUGGAAGCAACUGUGAAAUCAGGACUGUGUGUAAAGAUUGGUGCCUUAAUGACGGGGAAUGCAGUCUCAACCCAGACCCUAGCUUACAGCCAACUUGCAAGUGCCAAGAAGGAUACACGGGGCUUCGCUGUGAAACCUCGGAGGAGUUCCAGAAAGAUAAAGUCGAGAGUUCGUCGCCCAAUACGGCAACAGUUAUCAUUAGCAUUUUCAUAACUAUCGUUGUGCUGGUGGUAGCGAUUGUCGUCGCAUGGCUGUGGCAGAGGCAGCGCGGGAAAGGCAUCAGCCAUGUGCGUCUGGAGGAGAAUGGUGGAACAGUGGAGAUGACCAAUCCCAUGUACUUGCAUGCCUCUGACGACCAGGAGGAUGACCCUAACCCUGUCUUCACCCUUCACGAUUCGCAGCCGAACACGUUCAAAAAUCCAGUCUACGACAGCCUGUACAGCGAGGGAGCCUCAACCUCGAUCAACCACGAGGAGAAGACUGGCUUGCUACAGUCCGACCCCUUAGGGGCCCUCGACACAAGCCGGCCCACUGGGUCAAAGUCUUAGCUCCCAUAAGCCCCACAGAUCAGCGUUUCCAACAUAAAAAGAAUUCUGCAACUUAUAUUGACAUUUAGUGAAAUGACAGUUUUUUCUGCUUUAUUUUAGAUAAUUACUGUGUGUUUGGAUAACCACAAUAAUUUCAAAUAAUGAGAAUGAAAGUGAAAUUCAGAAAAUAAGGUUAAAGAGUUUUAUAUGCAGUGGUAGUGAAGUGAUAAUAUAUACAAAGCAGAUGUGUAUAUAUAGUGUACGUUUACACUGUACCAGUAAAUUACUGCCAACACUUAGAAGUACUGAUAGGUGCCAUCUAUGUAUAAAAAAAUUUCACUCUUUGCAAACAGUCAAACGAUUGAUUGUAGUACUAGUAACUGUUACCUGUUAUUCUGGUCUCAAAAUUGUAUGUUUAUAAGCUAUUAUGUAGUAGACAAUACUUUCUAAGAUAUCUAAUUCAGAAAGUUGAAUGUUGAAAGGACAUUUCUAGGACAAUACUUUGGGUCUACAUGAGAAUAACCUUGAAUAUCUUUCUGCGUAAUCUCUGUAGCCAGUGUUGAAAGAAUUCAUAGUUUGGGAAAGAUUUUAGAUCUGUUUUUAAGUAAGAUUAAAACCAAGCAGUUUUUAAAAAUAUAUGGCUGUUCAUUAUUGUCCUUUCAAGUUUAUUCCAAAAUGAAACAUUUUAAUAUUCAGUUGUAUUUUGUUUCCAUUUUUUACUGCUUUAGGUAGAAAUGUUACUAUUCAAAUCAAAGUCAGAGUUUGAACAGAUUAGAAUGGAAAAAAAAAAAAAAAAAUUAUAUUGUAUAUGAUUUUUAAUAAUCCAAUAAAAACAGGUUAGACAGCAGAUUUGAUAGAUGCAGCAAACCACCAGUAUGUUUUAGUGCUGAUGUGGUUUACUUUUUAAAAUUUCUAAAUCUUUUUUUCUUCUGCAUAUUGGAAUGAUACUAUUGUACAAGUCACCUUUUGUACUAUUGUAGUUACUAGAAAUGUCUGUUUUCUUGAUUUUGAGGAAGAAAUGUCGAAACACAAUUUUUAAAAACAAUUUUGAGAAGUACUUGGAAAGUAUCAGCAUAAUCAUACUGAGAGGUUAUAAGAGUGACAGAGAUUUUUUCUCUCCUCUUGUCAAAGUAGUCAAGGCCAUGUGUCAUGGAAUAGCAUAAUAGUAAUGGGUUACGAUAGGGGUAGGUAAGAUUUGAUAUUAAUGCACCAGGAUUAUUAUACUUGUUCACACUGUUUGCUCCUACAAAUAUUGAUACUAGUGCCAUAUGUUAGGCUUCAGGCUUAAAUAUUGAUGCUGUGCUGAAGACUUGUUUUUCCACUUCUUUUCCUUCUUUUUUUUUGUGAAAAGCUGAAGGUAAUUAUGCAGCUGGAAGGAAUACAAUAAUGUUCAUCAAUUACCGAUUUUUUUUUUUUCUUUUUUUUCUUUUUUUCUUUUUUCUUUUUUUUGAGUGGCAAUAUCCUGUUGAUUUCUUCACAGUCAGGAAGAACAGAGAUAACUGAAGUUUGGAGUUUGAGAUCACCUUCUGUGUGUUUCUCAGAAGAUUAAACAAAUGCAGUGAUGGGAGGUCAGCUCUUUCACUGCAAAGUUGCAAUUACACAAAUGUCUUCUUUUUUUUUUAAGAUUUAAAUCAUCCCUUUAGCUGUAUUUUACCGAGCUCUCCUCUAGCCAUAUUACCAAAUGUGAUAACUUGGAAUCAAGUCACAAUUCGUAUGAAAGAAAAGCAUCCUAUGUAGCAUGCUUAGGUUUUAUAAACCCAUGUGUGUAUUGUAUGUGUGUGUUACAAUAUGUGGGUCAAAUAUGUUGGUCAGCAGAUAUGAUUAGAACAUGUCCUUUCUUCUGAGGACUUAAUGUAGAGUUUUUAUUUUGUCAUUAGAGCAAGCUUGCGUUUGUGCGUUCAUAGGUGCGUGUGUGCAGGUGUAUGUGUUAGUGUUUGCAUGUAGCGAGAGACUGACAUAGACAGAGACAGACAUAUUUUCAUAAGGCCGUAUGAAAGAUAUGCUAAAAGAAUCAAAGCAUUGUUUGUCAAGCCUCGUGGUGAAGUUAAACUAACACCAACUUGAUUAUUCAAAGGAUGAAAAGUCUGUUGCCGUAACAUCUGCAGGUGGAUGGAAAGUAAAAUGAAAUUCACAUCGCUGUAAUAAGUGAUCAGGUUAGAUUAAUAAUCACUCUGGAAUGUAUAGAGUAAUGACAAAUUUGAUUGUAAGCAUUUUUAUGAGUAUCUAUUGAUACAGCCCAUUUUUAAGUUUGUAUAUAUAUUGAGUGGGUAAUUAUACUAGGGAAAAGUACAGUAUUGUAAGGAAAGUGAAGUAAUAAUGGUAAUUUUAUUUUUUCUCAAAACAAAAUCCGGCAAAUGUAGCAUUAGUACAUUCAAUGUAAGAAAGUGACUGAACUUUGUGUUUGCCUUGUGAAAUGGUGUAAAAUCUAAUUCUGGUUAGUAUUUGAAGAAGUUGAAAGAUCUGCAGUGAAACAACAUGAGACGGGGGCCUAACGAAACCAAUUAAUUAAUGAAUGGUCCUGUGCUUCUCUCUAGCAAACUUGCACAGAUAGGAGAGCUGGCGAAGUGAACGUCACAAAUUGGACAGUAAAAUGUGUUCUUGGAUUAGUCUAGAAAUGUUUAGCAGAGUGUUUAUUUGUAUAAUUUGAUGUUUGCCGUUGGUUAAGUAAAAGGAGAAUGCUAAGUGAUAAAUGUAAGAAUAGGUUGAGUUCACAUGACAAGCAAUGGUAGUCCUUAUUCCUCAAGUGCCAAUAUUCAAAGAUAUCUGGUUAUUUUUACUAGAUGGAUAUUAUUUGUACAGUUAGAUUAAAACACAAAUGUGUCUCCUAUUUUAUGGGCAUUAAAAAUCUUUUUUUGAUUUUUAUUAAAAUUAUGGUUGAUUUUAUUGACAUUUUGUGUGUAACAACUAUAUAGUUUGUAAAGUGUUUAUUCUGGUAUAAAUAGGCUGAUACUGUAAUAUAGGCCUUUCAGCCAUAAGAGUUCAAACUUUGUAUUGAUAAGUUGAAUUCAUGGUUAUAAUUUGCUGUGGCAUUACAGUAUAUCUAAAUGUAAUAUUGAAUUAUCUUGAAAAUGUUAGCAGGUGUAAAAGAAAAUAUUCUACCUUUACAAGAUCAAUUUUUAUACUAGUGAUGCCUGCAUAUUUUUGUACAUAAGACAAUAACAUGGUGAAUUUAUAAA